CUCACGUGCAUGGUGCCCCACGUGCCCAUGGUGGCGGUGCUCGUUGCGUGGAUCAGCGUCGGCAACACGCCGCUGCUCGAUCUGAGCGCGCUGGCUCCCGACUUGCCGAAGGGCGUGCGCGUGCUGGGCAAGGCUGAAUUUUCCAACCCGAGCGGCUCCGUCAAGGACCGGAUUGUCGAGUACAUCUUGGAUGAGCAGGAGCGAAUCGGCCGGCUCACGCGCUUCUCGGGGCAGACCAUCGUCGCCUCCUCGUCGGGCAACACGGCACCUCGCUCGCCAUGUUUUCUGCCCUGCGAGGCUACAGGUGCAUCGCCAUCACCAACCGCGGGACGAGCAAGGAGAAGGUGCAGCAGCUGUACGCGUACGGCGCGGAGGUUGUCGUCACGGCCUCCGGCGUGCCCACCGACUCGCCGGUGCACUGUCAGAACGUGGAGAAGCAGCUGGUGGAGGAGAACCCAGGCUACUUUGGCCUCAACCAGUAUGACAGCCCGCUCAACCCAGAAGCGUACUAUGCGACGCUCGGGCCGGAGCUGUGGGCGCAGACCAACGGCAAGAUCACGCACCUGGUGGCUGCCGGCUCCACCGGAGGCACGGUGAGCGGCACCGCGCGCUUCCUCAAGAAGAAGAACCAGGCGAUUCAGGUAAUCAUGCCUGACCCGCAUGGCUCCAUAUUUUAUGAUUGGUGGGCGCAUCGGAAGCUGGUGAAGCCGACGUCGUUCGAGGGGCUCGAUCUCUCGCUCAUCGACGUCAUGCCGCGCUUUAGCGACGAGCAGGCCUUCGCCACGUGUCGCACCAUCGCCCGCCGUAUGGGCAUGAUGGUCGGUGGCAGCGCGGGCGGCAACGUGCACGCCGCCCUCACCUUGGCCCGCAAGCUCAAGGGCCCGGCGACGGUGGUGGCCAUUCUUUGCGACUCGGGCACCAAGUACCUCUCCAAGAUUUUCAACGAUGAGUGGAUGGCCUCCAAGGGCUACAACGUCGCGGCGAUGGACGCGUCCGCCGCCAACCGCUCGGCUCGAUAGCGGCAACCGAAGCCAUUUUCGCAGAUGGUUAGACGUAUCGGUUUGCUCAGAACUCUGUCCGAAGAGGCCACCGGCUCACUUACAAACUCAGUGUCCGAAACUCUGAGCUCACUCGCCCCCCCGGCCCGCUCCUAUACGGUACAGCGCUGUGAGAAGCGUGAGCUUUGAAUGCAUAUGCCAUAUCGAUCUCC